AAAAACGAGGUGAUUGGUUGGUCACAGGGGUUGAGCGACAGCCGAAGGUGUAUCAACGAUGGGCCGUAAGUUAGAUCUGUCGGGACUAACGGACCACGAGGCGGAGCAUGUGCUGCAGGUGGUGCAGAGGGACAUGAGGCUACGCAAAAACGAGGAGGAGCGUCUCAGGUUGUUGAAGACACAGUCACUCGAGUGGUAUUACACUAAUGUGAAGAAGCGCUUCAAGAGGUUCGGCAGCGCCAAAGUGCUGAAGACUCUUUACAGGAAGCACCUGGCAGAGCACAGUGCGCUUUCAGAUCUUACUGAGGGCAGCACCUACGAGGAGAGUAUCUGCAAUGAGGGCAGCGUCUGUGGGAGCGACUCAGCCUUCUACAGACAAACUGAAGAGCACAGCAUGGCAGAGACACUCACUGUGGCCUUGCGGGUGGCAGAGGAGGCCAUAGACGAGGCCAUUUCCAAGGCUGAGUUCGACACCGCCAAUGAGGAGAAGCAGAAUGAGGCGCACUAUCUGCGGGAGCACAGAGGAGAGCUUAUUGAGGAACUGGCCAAAACUAUUGUGCAGAAAAUUAUUAGUAGGAGGAAGACUUUGACUGAGAUAAAGGCAGAAUAUGACCGGGAUUGGCCUCUUGAACAGAACACUGACCUUCAUCAUCAUCAUCAGUCCACCUCUGAUCAAGCCUCCAGCUCCCUUAAACACCAACCAAACCUCUGGAGGUCACACUCUGCAUUCUCACUGUUGGACAAUGACACUCAAGGUCUGAUACAAGACUCGUCUCUACAGGGCUUAAAGAAGGAAGGAGGUGCGUCCGCUAUGUCGACCUGGAAGAGUGUAGAUCGGCUGGAAAAUGCUGGUGUGUCCUCAGUGCUGAAGAGCCCCGACGGGAACUGGAUUGCCCUACAGAGCGCCCAGCUGUCGCGUCCCAGCCUGUUGACCAAAAGGAAGAGCCUGGUCUUCAGUGCCUUGGAGAAGGAGUCCGAAGUGGUGUCUGCCUACGAAGGCAUGGGCUCUGACAACGAAACCAGACCUGAGGCCGACACCUCCUGGAGUGCUGCCCUCCAGCAGUUCCACAAGAAGAUGAAUGAUUCUAACUUCAACCCGCAGGACUCUGACGACACGACCCCGUCCCCGCCGAUGGACCGCCGAGGCAGCGAAGACUAUCUGUUUGCAGACUAUGAGGGGAACUGGAAGCCUAAUAAACCUCUGCUGGCCCUCUUUAGGAAGAAGGUGCCCAUGGAGAUCCGGCGACCUUCAUCAGCCCCAAGGACAAGCAUCAUUGACAUGAACUUUAACGUAGAUGGAGCAGGAGAGGAAGAGGAGGAGAACAAGGUGGAUGCAGAGCCGGAAGUGGAAAAAGUCAAGAGAUCACGGAAGAAAAGGAAGAGUAAAAAAGAGUCUUCUUCUGUGAUGGAUUACAGUAAAAAAGACAACCCCUCUGAUGCUGUGACCCCUGACACUUUGACCUCUGAAACCCCGACCCUUGAACCUUAUCACCUUGACAGUGAUGUCACCGGACACAGAGCCAAUCAGACGGACCGGGAGCUCACGUUAAAACUACAAGUAGCAGGCCGAGUUACUGACUGCUCCACUGGAGAAGAAGAAGUUGAUGGAGCGAGGGAUGCUGGUAGUGAUGGACAGACGGAGGAAAAGAGACACAGUAGCGAGGACAGACAUGAAGACGAUGAGAGGCUGUGGAGGAUGGAGAUCGACUUGGAUGAAGGAAGAACGGAGGAGGAGAAAGAAGAAGAUGAUGAAGAAGAGAUGAAAGACAGAUUAUACAUGCUUGUCGCACAGUCCAGACUCACAUACUUCUCCUCCACCGAUGAUGAGUUAGACAAAGUGGGUCAGAGUGAGGAAGAAUGGGAGGCAGGUAAAGGUGAAGAUGAAGAGGAGGAGGAGGAAACGACGGACAGACUUGCUUCUAAACUCUGUCAGCUGGAAAGAGAAGUGAGAGCGAACCAGUUCUCCUCUACAGAGGAUGAGCUGAACAGAGUUGGCGUCAUGGAUGAGGAGAAUCACACAGGAGAGGAGGAGGAGGAGGAUGGGAAGUAUGAGGAGCUGGCGGUGAAAGUGUGCAGAUUAGCUAGCCAAGUCAACGCCACCCAAUUCUCCUCCACGGAGGAUGAGUUAGACAGAGCAGGUCGAGGUGAAGAGGGGGAGGAGCCAACAGACAGAGAGACACUGUGGAAACUGCAGGCAGAAAAAGCCGUCCAAGCUGCUCAACUGCGCGAUUUGUCCAGUCUAGUCAGCCCUUCUCCGUUUUCUUCCGCUGAGGAUGAGCUGGAUAGAGUUGGAGAGAAUAAGGUAGUAGGUGAAGGGAGCUGUAUGUGGGAGGAGGCAGUGGGAAAGAAUAAGGAGAGGAGAGAAUCGUUUGGACAUUUGGAUGAGAAAAUGUUUGAUUUAGGGGAUGAAAAUGAGGAAAGAAAGGAGAGCAGCGAUAAAAAUGAAACAAGAGAGAGUGUUUGGGAUAUUCUGACUAAAAAUGUCCAACAAGGCAAGACGGAGGGAAAGAAAGAUUGCACGGAGGAGAGAGUAACAGAGGAGACUCAGGAUGAAAGGAUGGCGAAGGGGGAUGUAUGUGAAGAAAAAGUAGAUUUGAAAGAGGCUGAAAAAGCAAAAGAGACAGAAAAAGAAGAGAUGGAAGCAAAGAGAACGGAGGAGAUAAUAACCUUAGAUGAGACAAAAGUCCAACAAGAGAAUCCGCCAGAGGCGAACUGGCCAGACAAACAGGAGGGAGAAACGAGACAGGAAGAGGAAAAGAUCAGUGAGAGUCAGGAGGAAUGGGACACAGCAGCAGAAAGUGAUGAGGAAGAUGAAGAAUUUGACAGAAUAAUCAGCAGCAUGUUGUUGAUGACUUUGGAGGACAUGCAGGGAGAGACAUUAAAGGAUGAAGCCGCAGAGAAUGAGAUAACCGAUAGAGAGCCAGAGGAAGAAGAGACAAAUGUAACAAUAAGGGGAGAAAGCGGAUUCGCGGACAACAAUGUUGCGCAAAGUACAGACACAUCAGGGGAGACAGGAAACGCAGAAGAGUCUCAAAGUCAAGGCGACAACGUGAUGCCAGAGUUGGCUGUGACGGAAGGACCGGGAGAAUAUGUAACUGAGCAAAUUGGAGGAGAUAUCUCCAGGAAAAAGGAGAGCGGAGACGCUACAGGCGGAAAUGAAAAUGGGCAGCAGGAAAAGGAUACAGGUGCACAAGAAAAUAGAAAUUUAGCAAAAGAAAAUUCUCUAGUUAUGGCAAUUGAAGAGACAUUUGAUGCCAAACUGACAUAUAAACAAAUAGUAGUGGAUGACGAUGAAGAGGAGGACAGAGAAGAAGUCUCAACUGAGUGGCAAAUGAUGGCAGAAAGUAAAGAAACGGAUGAAAGACUUGAGGAACCCAAAGAAGAAAAUGCAAUCGAGGUGGAGCAGAGCAGCACCUCGUCCCUUCAGGAAGGUUUACUGUCAGCAGAGGAGAUUCAAAUCAGGUACUCGGCGGUGUCUCUGCGCAGCAUCACCACUGAGGUCCUGAAGGUGCUGAACGCCACCGAGGACCUGCUGCAGGGAGUGGAGGGAGGAGACGACCCCCGACUCUGCACCACCUCACUGCCCCCCCACACUGACCCCAAGAAACUGGAUCAACAGUUCUCCAGACUGGAGGAGAACGUGUACGUAGCAGCUGGUUCCGUGUACAGUCUGGAGGCGGACCUGAAUGACCUCGAGGAGUGUGCCAGGGGCAUCUGCAGUGGCACUUCUGAUAUGGAGCUGUCCUUCCUGGAGGAGCAGGUAGCAUCAGCAGCUGCCAAAGUUCAACAGUCUGAGCUACAGAUUUGUGACAUCUCGGCCAGAAUUGCUGCUUUGAAGAGCGCAGGCCUCGAUGUGGACCCUCAGUCACGCACCACUAAGACCAAGACCAUUCCAGUUAUGCAUGUCACCCUCGACUCAUCUAGACAGCUGAGAAGGCGAUUACCUGCACCACCAGUGAAAGAAGAAAACGAAACGUAGAUCAAAGACCUCGGACCUUCACAGGACCUCCAAGUGCCUUCACCGUCACUCUGCAGCCUACAGGCCAGUCUCAAGUGACCCAUUCGACACCAGUUGCCUUAAUGUCAUUUUUAACUAAACAUGCCUCAAAUAAUUCGGCACACUAGUACUGUAUGUAUUUGGUGGAGUUGUGCUGUAUGUCACUGACUGUUGAAUCUCGUGUCAUCGUAUCAAAAUGUAGAUUAAACUACUUUAUUAGACUGAUGACCAAACAGUUUUGAAAAUGUAUCACCGUUGAUCAAUCCCUCAGCUCACUAAAUGUAAGAACAACAAAAUGACUAACAUUUGAGUUUAGAGAGUUUUUUUAGAUGUGAGAAAACUGGUUAAAUUAUACAGCAUGUAUACAAAACAAUCCUUAUAUUUUAAUUUUGACAUCACUAGUCAUCUAUUUUACUUGCUGACGAAUAAAGCUCAACAAAUAGUAUGACUGAAAAGACAGUAAAAAUGUCAGCAGUACAGCUACUGAAUAAAAAAAAAAAUAAUAAUGCAGUUUACACCGUUUUACCGUUAUAUCAAAUAUACAGAUUACACAUACAUGGGAACAAUUUGUAGAAAAUGUUGCAAGACUACACCAUGUCUAAAAUAAAUAUAGAUCUGUAUUUUUCUGUGGAUGUUUGUAAUGUUGUAGUAUACAUAUGUUUUAUGCCUUCAUUAAGUUCAGAAAAUAAAGGAAAAAUUAUCAAAGUUUGCCGACAUUUUACUUCACUGAGAAAAUAUUGAGAUAAACAACAGUGAAAACACUGGGCACCCUGUUUGCCCCUCAGAUGAAGGUGGGUGUAAUGGUGAGGAAUUUAGUCUGUAUUUUUGAGAUGAGGAAAUGACACCCGAAUAUGACAUUCCUCCUUGUGAAGAAGGUGUGGGAACGACACAUAACGGCUCUGGAAAAUAACAGCCGUCUUUGAGAGAAAUGGUCUCAAAACAAACAUUCAGCAGCCGUCACACCUCACUCUUUGUGAUGCUGCAGUAAACACACGUUUUUAUCUUUUUUCUGUCAUGCAGUCAGCCCAAUGGCUCACCGAGCUAAUGCAAACAUGAAGCCAAACUGUUAUAAAAUAUUCUGUAGUUACAAUUUCCUCACAGAGGUUUGAUGUUUUCCUCUCUGAAUGCUCAAAUUCUUAAAAUGAACUCAAGCAACAGCCGAAUGGAAACAAAAAGUCUCAGCAUUUCAAGGAAGGAAUGCUUACUUGCAUAGAGAACCAGCUCUGUCCCAAAGCCUUCUGGGAUAUGUAGUUUUGGUCAGGAGCUUUCUGAGACUAGGAAGCGCUCCCUCUGAUCAGGAACUAUGAAUCCUUCUUUCUGUUCACUCUCUCUUCUGUCUGACAUGACAAAAGACUGUUUGGGGUCGAUGACCACCGUGCCGUCUUUGUCCUGACCGGGAGC